UUUGUAAACAAAUAUGGUGCCAAAGUUACGCGGUACAAAAGAACAACCACAGCACGCAAACAUAGCUACCACACGCCCCUAAAGUCUGCUUCAUUUUGGACUAUUCAAGAUAAUUUGGAUUGAUGAAAGUUUGCAAGAAAAACAACUUAUGUCACUACAUGCAGAACUUACAAACCAAAUACAACAUCAAAAAAACUCACUUUCUGUAAAGAAAAGGAAACAAAAAAAGAGAACAUCGCAUAACAGAAACAAUUCAAAAGACUUCACAACGCAUCAUCAUAAUGCAUCUUAUGAUAAAAAUGCCAUAUUCAAAGAUAUUGCAUCUCAUUUUUCCAAUUGGUCAGCAUGGCAAAGGCAAAUUUUGUUAUGCAAAUGUACAGAACAAAGCUCAAUACCCUUCCUCACAUCAUUAGCAACUAUUUUGGAACCAAUUCUUCAUAGGGAUUUUGACAUUGUUAUACAAGGAAACUUUAAAUCAUCUUUAAUUAAGAAUUUCUUGAUACUGCCCAGUAUAACUUCUUCUCCACUCAUCAGUCACCAUGCUCCAACAGGUAGCCAAGAACAUUUAAGUUGUUCAUCAAAACGUACACAUAAUAUUGACAUAAAAACAUCACAAAAUAAUGAAUAUCCAUUUAAAAUUGAGACAUUUGAUGAGGCAGCACUCCAAAAAGCAUUGCCUUUUCAUGCACAUGCACGACCUAGAAAAGCAGAUUCUCUCUCAACUAUUGAGUUUUUUAAUGACAUAAAUAAACAAAAAGUACAAGACAAUAUAAAAUUAAAAAAAUUAUGUGAGGAUAGACCUGGACAUCUGUCAAUUAGGAACUACAAACAUGAAAAAUGGUGGCUUCCAAACAUAAAGAAUAAUGAAAACUUUAAUUCUGUGUCUAAAAAAAGUUUACUUCAAUCCUUUAACAUGGUGGUAAACCGAUUUAUGGAAAAAUACAUUGUUUGGAGGAAUGUUGACAAGGGAGAUUUUUUCUUACACAUGGUCGACUUUUGUUCUCCAAAUGAUUUAGUAUAUUUGGCUCAUUGUAUCAACCAAAGACUUAAAAAUAUUGCAGAUAUUGAACGUUUACCAGACAACCUUUUAGUAAAGAUUUUUACUUAUUUGGAUUGUGUUGAUUUGGCUCAAACUGCACAAGUUAAUAAACGAUGGAAAAUUCUCUCGUCAAGUGAUAUACUUUGGAAAACCAUGUCUUACGAUUUGGCUAACAAGUAUAACCAGUUAGAUUUUCUUACCUAUUUGGAAACAUCUUACAUUGCAUUAAAUUGGAAAGUAUUGUAUCGAGAACUUAAAGAUUCUGUAGAACAACUGGUUAUAAAAAACAAAGAAAUUGAAGAUGAAGAUGUGUCAGCUGAGGGAAUUGAAAUGGCUGAAAGUAGUGAUACAACAGACUCAAAUAUGGUCUUAAAUUCAUAUGAAUCAAGUGAAAUUGAUGUCAACAACUCUAUUUAUAUGUUAGACAGUGAUGACAAGAAUGACUCUUCAAGUAAUGAGUCACUUUGUCUGCAUACAUCAAGAAUAAAUUCCAACCAGCUUAUAACCUCAUCAAGUCAAGUAAUAACCAAUAAACGUGAACACAAAUUCAAAAAGAAGAAAUCUCUUGAGGAUGAUGGGAAAAAUUUUGCUUAUGAUGUCAGACUAAAAUUGGUGCAACCUAACAACCGCGUGAAAAAUGAGAAAGAGCACGAAAGUCUUCCUUCAGAGCAAUUUGCUCAAGUAACAAUAACUGGCUUAAUAACAUUAAAACGUGUUCGGAAACUUGAGGGUCAUUUUGAAGCUGUGCUAUGUCUUCAGUUUGAUACUAAGCGAAUUAUGAGUGGAUCCGCUGAUCGAAUGGUCAGGUUAUGGGAUGUUAGAAGCGGGCGUAAUUUUCAUAAACUACAAGGCCACCAGGGUGGAGUUCGUUCGAUCUACUUCGAUGAUAGAUAUAUUGUAACAGGUUCUUGGGACACUACUGUCAAAAUUUGGCAUGUUGUAAAAUUCACGUUAUUUCAUACUAUCACAGCACAUGAUGGAUGUGUAACAAGUGUGGAAAUGAAUGACGAGAUUCUGGUGACUGCUUCUCACGAUUGUACUGUGUGUGUUUUUGAGAAGCAUACAUGGAAUCACAUGGCUACGUUAAAAGCCCAUCAAGGUCCAGUGUCAUGCGCUGCAUUGCUUGCAGACAACCAACUUCUAACAGGUUCCUUUGACAGACUGGUUUUGUUAUGGGAUUUAUCUACAUUUAAAGUCAACAAGUCGUUCAAGGGACCGUUCAAUUCAAUUCAAACCGUUAAGCUUUAUGGCAAUCUGUUGGCUGCUGGUUCUUCAGAUGGUACUAUUACAUUUUGGGACUUUAACACGUGCCAAAUCGAGGCCAUGGUGGAAGCGCAUGAUGGUGCCGUUAAUUCUGUGUGUUUUGUUGGUUCCAGAUUCAUUACAGGCGGAGGAGAUGGUGCCGUUAAAGAAUGGGACUUACAAACAUGUGUAUGUUUGCGUUUGUUCACGGGACAUAAGGGACCCGUAAAUUGUGUCCGGGCUUCGUCGAAACGCAUUAUUAGUGGCUCUUCUGAUGGAACAAUCAGAGUAUGGGAUAUGGCGUGCAGAAUACAUCAGGCUGGUGGUCCAUAUGAUGAAAUGAACAAGAACAUUAUCGAAUCUGAAGUCUUACAUGAAAAGGAAUAUAAGAAAAGACUUUUAAAAAAUACAAACUUGUGAAAUCA